GUUGGUCGCUCUUGAUGCCCUCAAGGGUCUUGGUGUCCUGCACGCAGACAUUAAGCCUGACAACGUAAUGCUUGUCGACCAGCAGGACCAGCCCUUCAGGCUCAAACUCAUAGACUUCGGUGAAGCCAUUUUUGUCUAGCCUGGGCUAGAGAUUCAGCCAGCAGGAUACAGGGCUCCAGAAGUUGCUCUGGGCCUGCCCUUCACUGAGUCUAUUGAUGUGUGGGGAGCUGGCUGCGUCUUGGCAUUCGUCUACCUUGCUGAGAACCUCUUCCCUGUCCAUUGUGGCUAUCAGAUGAUGAAGCACAUGGUUGAGGUGAUUGGUCAGCCAGAGGACCACCUGCUCUGUGCCGGCCAGUUCACAAAGUGCUUCUUCAGUCAGGAGGAAGCUGUCGAUGGUCCAGCAUGGAGGCUUAUGACACCAGAUGAAUACACAGUUGCCAAUAACAUUGCACCAGAAGAAAAGAGCAGUGAUACCAACCUGCCCAGCUCGCUGGAUGACCUAGUUGAUGUAGGUACUCUCUGAUGGGUUGUAAGAGUAAAUACUGAACUGAAUCUGUUUCCACAUGCAGGUCUAUCCAAAAGAGGACAAUAAUGAAUUUGAGGACAGAACGGCGUUUAUCGACCUCCUGAAACAGCUGCUGCAUCCUAUUGGGGAUCAAAGAAUCUCUCCCCAUCAGGCUCUGCAUCACAGUUUCUUUACCAUGUCGCACCUGACUGAGCUCCCUGACAGCAGUGACUAUCUGACCACCUCCAGAGCUCUGAUGAGUUGCUGCCCAAUGGAGGAGUCGGAUCCAGCUGCCUGGUCUGAAGGAGAACUGCCCAACAUCUCUGAUGACGAAGAUCCAGCUGCCUGGCCUGAAGGAGAACUGCCCAACAUCUCUGAUGAAGAAGAUCCAGCUGCCUGGUCUGAAGGAGAACUGCCUAACGUCUCUGAUGACGAAGAUCCAGCUGCCUGGCCUGAAGGAGAACUGCCCAACAUCUCUGAUGACGAAGAUCCAGCUGCCUGGUCUGAGGAAGAACUGCCUAACGUCUCCUGUGACAGAGAGCCAUCAGACUGGUCUGCUGAAGGACUUGCUAUUGUCACCUGUGUCAGAGAGCCAUCAGACUGGACCUCUCAUGAAGGACAGUCCCUCUCCAAUGAUGAAGACCUUAACCUUUGGUCUUCGGAUGGUAAAAACUUGCUGGACAGUUUUCGCAAGUUCUUUGGCUGAGUUGUGGUAAACUUUAGUUGCAGCUGCCGCCCCACUGUGGAGGACUGAUAACAUGUAUAUAUGUAUUUUUUGAUAAACUGUGGCACUGUUACAUUUUCGGAAUUUCUAAGGGAGAACUGCCCAACGUCUCCUGAGCCAUCAGACUGGUCUAAUGAACGACUUGUUAUUGUCACCUGUGACCAAGAGCCAUC